UCCAAGCUGGACUCAGUUAUAUCCAUUGACAUAGAAGUUUCCAUCCAAACCCUCUACAUAAAAACUUACUCUUUCAUCAUCAUCAUCUUCAUCUUCAUCUUCAUCUUCAUGUAUAUAUAUAGACCAUUGUUUGAUUAAUCAUUUCACACUUCAAAUUCUACCAUUAGACAAAAGACUUUGAUUUGAGAAAGUUAAUCAAGGCUGCUAAUUAAGCACCUAUUUUAGUUAUUAUUAUAUAUUUCUUCUGGGCAUUUUGGUUGCAUUGGAAAUAUAAACAAUAAUAGAUUAAGAGAUGAAGAAAGUUGAUGAACAAAGAGAUGAUAUUAAUCAUGAGAAAAGAUUUGGUCUUCUUCUAGCAACAAAGGACUCAGAGUACGUGAAAAACAUGUAUGGAGGUUACUUGAAUGUGUUCAUGGCAGCUUUUGGAGAAGAAGGAGAGAGAUGGGACUUGUUUAGGGUUGUUGAAGGAGAAUUUCCUGAAUUGGAAGAGUUGGCUAAAUAUGAUGGCUUUGUGGUUAGUGGUAGUCCCUAUGAUGCUUAUGGCAAUCAGCCUUGGAUUAUCAAACUUUGCUCUCUCUUGCACACUUUGGAUUCCAUGGGCAAGAAAGUCCUUGGUAUUUGCUUUGGUCAUCAGGUGAUAUGCAGGGCACUGGGAGGGAAAGUAGGGAAAGCUGAUAGUGGGUGGGAUUUGGGGAUAAGGAAGGUGAAGAUAACAAAAGAUUUGGUGCCAUUAAUAAGUAGAUAUGUAAAAGAAUUGGAAAUGGAAUUGGAAUUGGAUGAUAUCCCAGCUUCUCUUUCCAUUGUAGAAUGCCACCAAGAUGAGGUUUGGGAGGUUCCUUUGGGUGCAAAUGUUAUAGCAUAUUCAGACAAAACUGGGGUGGAGAUGUUCACCAUUGAAGACCAUAUUCUUGGUAUUCAAGGUCACCCUGAAUACACCAAAGACAUUCUCAAUAACAUCAUUGAUCGCCUUCUCAACAAUCACUCCAUUGAGAGAGGUUUGGCUGAAGAUGCAAAGUUUAAGUUGCAAAUAGGUGAGCCAGAUAGGAAGUGCUGGGAAAAGAUCUGCAGAAAUUUCCUCAAAGGAACAUAAAAUUCACCUCAUUUUCUCUCUGCUUACUUUUAUUGGUUAUUUUUCAUCAUUAAUUCUCUAACUUGACAAACAUAAUAUGGUCAGCAUUGAGAAAGAGAUGGUAACAAACAGACAAACACUUUAACUUCUGUUGAUUCCUCAAGGCUAAUGCCAUACAAGAAAAUCUAAAACAUUUAUUCCUUAUG